UGACACCAAUAUUAUCCAUUUUUCUGUAAAUUAAUAUCGGCUCCAAAUAUCGGUUAUCGGCCCCCUUGACUACUAAUAAUCAGUAUCGGCUCUGAAAAAACCAUAUCGGUCUAUCUCUAGUUGCACCAUAACAAACCCAAAAGCGCAGUAUCAGUGCAAGACCCGUGACACAGAAAGUGACGAUUGGUUUGUGGUGUACAAAAUGUCACGUGGAUAAUUGUUGGUUAAGUUACUCAAUCCGACCUAAACUUUCUUUGAUUUGAUUUGAUAAUCACAUGACAACACUUUUGACACAUUACAGUCCAAUUCUUUAUUAAAAAAACCUCAUGUCUUACCGGAGACCACCAUGGCUUCAUUUGGACCACAGGUGUAGAACAUCUUGAAGGUCGUCUAGGGUUAAAAUAAAGAAACAUUAAUAUUCGCAAAAAUAGGCCUGUAGUAAACAGUAUAAUAACAAUUAUACAAUAUGAUGUGUAUCGUGUGAUUGUAAAUGUUGAUGAAAGACAUUAAUAUAUUUAUCAUUGAGUACUUCACUCUAAUUAUAAAUUGUAACGUUAUUUCAUGAUCAGCAUCAUGUUUAAAUAAAGAUAGACAGAGUAUAGGAGGACAGAGGCCUUCUCUCCAUGACCUCAAACUAAACACCAAGACAUCUGGACAUGUUUAUAUAUUAAUGAAGCGGUCAGGGGAGGGGGACAUAUGCGUUUGUCAAUCAUCUGACCCGACAUGGAUUAGCUGGCGAGCUAAUGUUCAUCUCGGCCCACAUAUCCUUCAACCAGCAUCAACACACACCUCGACCUAACGCUAGAAAGCUCGGUUUACUAACACACAUCAGGCUGACUAACAAAGUCGAGAUCCUAUAUGUCCUAACUAACAUUUUCAGCGGUAUACUACGAGAAUUACUAAUAUAUGCAGUUAAACGUUACAAUAAGAUUGAUUCAAUCGGCAACAAGCUAACUGGCUAACUAAGCUACGCUUAAUGGGACCAGUAACAAACAAACACACCCAGUUUUACUGCUGUUUCUGCUACUAGCAUUUAAACCAAGCAAACUCAGCAUUUUGCAAAACUUACCUCAGUUGUAUGUCUUAAUAAAAGAAGGUGUGCGUGAAUGCAAUAUCCUUUGAUUGAUAUCGAACCAGGGACCUAUUUCAGCGAUCUACACUUCACGAAUCACUGGAAUGGCAACAAUGCGACGCUACGGACUGUGCCGACAUCCGCCUCAAACAGCGGCGCGUCUGUCUCCAUCUGGUGGUCGAUGACGGCCUGUCACGUCAGUCGAGCUGAAGGCGGGAUCCCUCUCUCCAGGAAGUGAUCAUUGUUUAUUUCUUUGCAAGGCAUGCGAGGGACCAGAUCACAAAAGCGUAGGUUGUCAUCUCCGGUGUAAAGAAUGGAUGCAACCCAGAUGAUAUGCGACUCAAUCUUGGAGUCAGACGAGGACGAAGAGAAUGCCGAUGCAAGAGCAGAGGCUGGGCCACUGGCGACCCUUCGUGUUUUUAAGAAUAAACAUAUACCUGAGAGAGUGCUACCUUUAUAUUUGGGAGAAAAUGUGCUUGGCCGUGACCCCAGUUGCACCUUGCCCCUUCAUGCCCAGUCGGUAUCUAAGCAGCACACUGCCGUUUCCAUAUCCGUGUUUCCUGCCAGUUCUCGGCGUAUUUGUGCUUCUGUAGAGGCACUAGUGUGGGACAUGGGAAGCAUGAAUGGGACUCGGAAGGGCCGCUUAAAAUUGACUCCACACGUCCGCUAUGCUCUGAGUGAUGGGGACAAUCUGAUGUUGGCGGACAUCCCAUGCCAGUACUCCAGCUGUGUGGACCCAGGGAGUCUUGUGAACAGAGGCUCUGGGGUGGCCAUAGAGUCUCAAGUCACCAGAGAAGAUGUCGAGGUACAUACAAAUGGACAUGCUGAGGAACCGACCAGGGCGUCGUUUGAUGAACGUGGAGAGAUGAUGGAGACCCCGGCCAGGACCAAAGUCCUGUCCCUUGAGCAGACCCCCGACCAGCCAGAGGGCAGCCUGGUGCCACAGUCGGACUCGGACUCGGACGAAGAGCGAGGGGGAAAGGACAGAUGGAGGAAGACACUUGUGUCUGGGUCUGACUCUCCUGUAACCAGUCCUACCUUCCUGAGCCCUACAAACAAAAUCAUCCCAGAAAGCGAAGACGAGAGUCCCAUCACACCUUCUUUGUCUUCCAAACAUCAUCCUACACGAUGUGUCAGUACCGACAAUGAUGAGCAAGACUUUGGUGCUUGGCAGCAGCGACUGAAGAACCAAAAAGCGGCAAAGUUUAACGCCAUUGACGGCAAGGAAGAGGAGGGACAAGUCUCACCUGAAGGGACCGAGCCAGAGAAGAGUGAAGGAUGUGCACCGGAGAGCCUGGUGAACAGUGUCAGCGCCUGGGCAGAAAGUGGGUUAGACCAGCCCGGGCCAGCGCCCCCCUCAGAACUCAUUCAAGUGCUGAACAUGGACAGUGACACCGAUGUGGAGGGAGAGGAGGAAAGCUCGGUGUCAGUAGGUCCUGGGAGCCCAAACCGAACACAACCAGCUCCAACUCCACCUGCGGCUAAUGCACCCUCUAGCCAGUUGGGCCAGUUCAUCAUGGACAGUGACACAGAUGUCGACGAUGAAGACGAUGGCGUUGAUGCCUCGAGGGCGACGACGGCCGGUGAAGCAAACACCACAGAGUCCCCCGCUGAGGUCCCGGUCGCACAGCAGACGGACAGCGACACAGACGUGGAAGGCCAUGAUAAUGAUGAUAAUGAUGAUGAUGAUGAUGAGCCAGACGGGGUAAGCAAGGCGACACACGCAUCGCCUCAGAGUGAAAACACACCGGUGUCGUGGGCCGGAUCCACAGAGCCGCCAGACUUCCACCUGGGGAGCGACACGGAUGUGGAGGAGGAGGAGGAGGAGGAGGAGGAGGAGGACGAUGAUGCCGCCGUCCCAAAGAGCGCGCCUGCUACGGUAGAAGCAGAGUCCCGUGGAGUUGUGUUUGCUUCCGCUGCCCCGCCGAACUUCGACUCGGGCAGCGACACGGACGACGAUUUCCUCCUCGGCGAGGUAAAUAGCGCCCCCUCGAGCGAGGCUGCCCCCCCAACACCGGCCCCCGCUGCGGACCCCAGCGCUCACCUGGACAUCCUGUCGGACAGCGAUACCGAUGUGGAGGAGGACUCCCCUCUGAUCCCAUCCGCCGUCGCCUCGGCGGUAAAUGCCGGGCCGAAGUCAUCGGCCCCCCCGUCCUCAUCCGGUCCUAUUUCCCAGGCCGCAGCCCUGGGGCCCGACUCUGACGCGGAUACGGACGUGGAGGAGAUCCGCAGCAGCCCCGGGGGGGUGGACGUCAGCACGGAACCGGCUGAGAGCAGGAUGGACAGUGACACGGACCUGGAGGAGGAGGAGGGCGGAGAAGGGGGGACGGAGGGAGGCCCGGUGUCGUGUUCCUCUGACGAGAAGGACCAGGGGCACAGAGCCUCCUUACAGCGCUGUUCAACUCCGAUGGAACAGUCAGGACUAGCUGUCGCAGAGAUGGAAACUCAGGAAUACCUCUGUCCCUCGAUAGAUCCAUUCAAAUGCCCCAGGGUUCCAGCCCUCAGACCCAUGGUGUCAUUGUCCUGCUCAGACAGCCAGGGGGAAGACGACUUUGUUGUGGCCGAGACCCAGUCCUUCAUAGUGGCUGAGCGGGACCAGCAAUCCAGUCCCUCGAGGAACUACACCCUGGAUGAAACCCAGCCCUUCAUCCCACAGGGCACAUCCAGGGAUGAGGAUGGUUUGUCUGACAGCCUCCACCUGCAAGCCAAGGAUCAAGCUUUAGCUAUGGAGAGCACCCAAGCCUUUAUCCUCCCAGAUGUGAACCUGGAGGCUACCCAAGAUUACGCGAGCCCUCCCUCUCUGGGCAGGAGCUCCAUGGAGCUGAACUCAGAGCUGGAGGCCACCCAGAGCUACCUAGGGAGUGCGGGGUCCAGCGGUCGCUCCCCUGGCUCCGGGAUCAAGCGUCCGUUGGAUAUCGCACUGGAGGCAACGCAGGCGUUCAUCCCGGAGUCUCUCAGCGAUGUGGAUGCUGUAGAGGUGAAUGAAGUGGGCACAAUGGAUAUUGCUUCCGCCGAAACUCAGCUGAUGGACUUCCCCUCUGGAUACACGCUUGCCAUGGCCGAGACCCAACCGAUGUGUGAACUGCAGGAAGACGACGGGGAAGAAGUACAGCGGGAGGAAGCUCGAGCGGUAUCGUUGGGGACCAACUCUCUCUCCUCGGCUGAAACACAGCCGAUGGCUACGUCCGGAGAUGAGGAUGAGGAUUCUGUUCCGGCUCCGCGCAAAAGAAGAGCCCGGAGGCUCGUUGAAGAGGAGGACACGCAGGUUAUGACCGGUUCGGGGCCUACUGCAGCCGGAACCCAGCCUGUUUCUUCCACAAGUAGUGAUGAGAGUAAGGAAGAAGAGGACGAACGCCCGGUCCUCAAACAAAUACGAUCAAGGAACCAAAGAAGGCUACACGGUGAAACCAGCACACGUGCUACCGCUGCAGGUCCAGCACCAGAAGCAGACUCUGACACAGCUCAGCAAGCGACAGGACGGCCUAGGAGAGGGAGAGGCCGAAAGCCUGGAGCUGCAACCAGUAGAGGAGGGAGAGAGGAGGAGGAGGAGGAGGAGGAGGAGAAGGAGCAAGAGCCUCAGCCUCCAGAAUCUCUGAGGAGCAUGGGAUCAAAGGGAAAAGCCUCUUCCUCCACCAGAGGAGGAACAGGGGAUGUCAUGCCAGAGGAGGGGAGGGGAGAGGAGGAGGAGACGGAGGCUGAUCAGGUGAGGCAGGGCGGGAGGAGGACAACUAGACAACCACGGGAAAAUGCAAGAGGAAAGAAAGAAAGGCUUGAGAGGGAAAGAAAAGAGCAAGCAGAAAAUGAGAGGAUGCUACAGGAGCAGGAAGAACAAGUGAAGAUGGAGCAAGCUUUGAGGGAAGAAGAGGAGAAGCAGAGGAUGGAGAGGGACCAAAGGGAGAAGGAAGAACAGGAGAGACUGGAGCAGGACAGAGAGGAGAGGGAGAGAUUGGAGGUGGAGGAAAAAGAAAGACUAGAGAGGGAAAGAAAGGAACAAGAAGAAAAAGAGAGAUUGGAACGAAUACAAAGGGAAAAGGAAGAACAAGAAAGACUACAGCAUGAAGAGAAAGAAAGGGAGGAGAGAGAGAGAUUAGAGAUGGAAGAAAAAGAACGAGUAGAGCGGAAACAAAAGGCCCGAGAAGAAAAAGAGAGAUUGGAAAAGGAAGAACACGAUAAACUGGAGCGUGAAAAGAAAGAAAUGGAAGAGAGAUUGGAGAAGGAAGAGCAAGAGAGACUGGAAUGUGAAAAGAAAGAAAGAGAAGAGAGAUUGGAGAAGGAAGAGCGAGAGAGAAUAGAGAACCAACGAAAGGAGCGAGAAAAAAAAGCGAGAUUGGAACAAAUACAAAAGGAAGAAGAAGAAAGAUCGGAGCAGGAAAGAAAAGAGCAAGAGGAGAGGGCGAGAGAAGAACAAGAGAGAUUGGCGAAAGAAAGAAGAGAACUGGAAGAAACAGCAAGGUUGGAACGUGAAGAGAAGGAACUCAGAGAGAAGGAGAGAUUAAAACUAGAAGAAAAGGAGAGGGGAAGAAAGGAACUAGAAGAAAAAGAGAGGGAAAGAAAGGAACUAGAAGAAAAAGAGAGGAAAAGAAAGGAACUAGAAGAAAAAGAGAGAUUAAAGAGAGAAAAACGGGAGCAGGAAAGGGAGAGAUUGAGACGUGAGAAGGAUGAAGGACAACAGAAGGCGGCGUUGGAACGAGAAGAGAGAGAGAAGUGGAGAAGGGCGCAGGAAGAAGAGGCAGGCCGGGCACGACUAGAGACUGAGAAAAGAGCAAGGGAAGAGAUGGACAGACGUGAUGAAAGGGAGCGAUUGAUGAGGGAGGCCCUGGAGAGACAGCUGCUAGAGCGACAACAGACAGACACAGCCCAGGCACAGAGUGACCAGCAGACACCCAGAACCACCAGGGGUCGGAGAGCCACCAGAACCAGCGCCGCCGCCCCGCCUGAGCCCGCCCCGGAGACGGAACAUGGGCCCGCCUCCAGAACCAGGUCCCGCUCCAACUCAUCCAACUCGGUCAGCUCAGAGAGGUCCGCCUCCAGCGCCACGGCCCAGGAGAGCGGGCGCGGCCGGGGCCGGGGCCGGGGAGCCAAGAAGACCCACCCUCCGUCCGUGGGGGCUGGGACCUCCGCCAGGGAGAGCAGGAGGUGCAGGACGGUCACCGGUGACGCCCCGGCCGAGAGCAGCGAUCCGGGCCGCUCCACCAGGUCACGGUCCAACUCCACCGAAUCCCUGAGCUCCGAGGCCUCGGCCUGCAGAGGCAGAGGGGCCAGAGGAGCCGGGAGAGGGAGAGGCAAGAAGACCUCGCCGGCCCCGGAGACCAACCCCCAGCCCUCCCGCGGCGGUCAGAGCGAGGUGGCCCCGGCCCCCAGGGCCUCCGCCAGAGGCAGGAGAACGAAGGCACCCGAUGCCACCGCUGUCGAGGGGGGAGGAGACGGGGAAGAGGAGCCAGUCUCUCAGCCGGCUGCCACCACUAGGGGGCACAGGCGAACCAACGCAGCACAACCUGGAGCCGUUGGUGCAGAGGAACGAGAGGGCACCCCAGAAGACUCAACUCUGGUAGCACGUAGCACCGCUGGCAGGGGCAGAGGUCGCAGAGCCCAGGUGAAGGCUGAGCCGGCAGUGGCUCCAGUGACCGUCGAUAGGACUGAUGUGGGGGAAGAUAAUGGUAGUGGAGCAGCGAAGGGGGUGGGGGAGCUUGAGAGUGAGCCUAAAGAGAAGAAACCCGCCCCGGUCCGGAGGGGCAGAGGGUCCGGUGCUCAGGUGAAGAGAAAGGAGCCACUUACACAGGAGAUGGUGGUGAAAGAAGAGAAGGAGACUAUUAAGGGGAAGGUUAGGAGAGGUCGACAGUCGGUGGCCAAGAAGGUCAAGAAUGAGGAGGUGGCGGGAGAAGGGGUGGCGCCUGCCCCCCAGGUCGUGGAGAGAGACGUCGGGACCUCAGAGGUGACCCAGACCCCCGCUGGGAAAUCUUCCCGGAAGCGAGGCGCGGCUCCGGCGGAGGCCUCUCCCCUGGCCAAGUCUCCCCGUGGCUCCCUGGCCUCCCCUGGGGCCCGGCUGAGGGCCGCCUGCCAACCCUACAAGGUGUUAUUCACAGGGCUGGUGGACGAGGUGGGGGAGGAGGUGGUGGUCCGGCUAGGGGGCAGCCUGGCGCUGGGCGUGUCUGACAUGACCCACCUGGUGACGGACAAGGUGCGCCGCACGGUCAAGUUCCUGUGCGCCAUGGCCAGGGGCAUCCCGGUGGUCACCACCCAGUGGCUGGAGCAGAGUGCAAAGGCUGGUGGCUUCCUGUCUCCUACAGCUUACAUUGUGAAGGACAUGGAGCAGGAGCAGAAGUUUAACUUCCGUCUACAGGAAUCCAUCAGGAUCGCCAGUAUCCAGCCUCUAUUACAGGGAUACCAGAUCCACGUCACCAAGUCGGUGAAGCCGGAGCCGACGCACAUGUUAGAGAUAAUUUCCUGUUGUGGCGCGAGCUUCCUGGCCAAGAUGCCCUCUUCCAACAAGGAGCAGACGGUGGUGGUGUCCUGUGAGGAGGACUGGCCGCUCUGCGGUCCAGCGCUGGCCGCCUCCCUGCCGGUGGUCAGUGCAGAGUUCCUCCUCACCGGGAUCCUCCAGCAGAAGGCUGACGUGGAGACCCACGCCCUGCCCUCAGCCCCCGCCACGACCGCCCCCCCUCAGCCCGCCAGAGGCAGGGGCCGGAGGAGGACGUAGAGGCCUUGUGGAGACAGAAGUCACUAGCACAGACCCUACACGUCGUCCUCCACCGUGAACACGUACUCUCGGCCGAAAUUGAAGGAACGCUGGAUCGGACGCAGCUAGCAUCGCUGCGUUGAGUUAGCCGUAGCUUGGAAUGCCUUGCUGGGCUUCCUACAUGGACUGCAGUUGUAACCUAAUGACUUGGAUCUUUAGCCACGCAAUCUAGAAAGUGAGGGCUUUUGAGAGCCCCCCCACCUCACUCACACCGCGCCCCCCGCAUAGGCAAUGAUUAAAAAAUAAAAUCACCCUGACCCUUGUUUUUCUGUACAAAUUGUAAGGGACUUUGUAAUCGGUUCAUGUUUUACUGUGCAAACUGCCUUGAUCUUCAUAUUUCCUGAUUGAUUGGAAGGUUAAUGUAGCCUUUUCUGAGAGGGAUGAGGUAUGCUUUGUGCUUUUUUGUAUGAGUGAAUGCAUUCCUAUGCUCUUGUGUAUACAUAAAAUAAAACAGGUAAAGGAAUACAUUUAUAAUGUUUGACAGUGCCUAUCACAUUUCUCUUUGUUUGGCCCCUGUCCCAUGCCUCGCAUUGUAAAAAGACCGGGCAAGGGAGAAGUUGGCCUGACCCUACAUUACAAUGACGUUGUAAAACAUUCAUUCCAAUAUUAGUUUUUACAGAUGAACUAUUGCCAUCUGGGAGUAGUACUGAAAAAAAGUUUGAAACCAAGCAUGUUGAAUACUAUGGCCUGUAAUUAAAUGUUUGUUCCAUGUUUUCACUAUUUCUUCAAUGAUAAACCUCAGCACUUAGUUAAGUUGUGGCAAUGCUGUUUAAAAAUCGAAUAAAGGAUUGUAUCAUCUAUCCUUAUUGGUCGCUCGGUUGGUACUUAUUUGAUGUUUCAUUGAUUUUCUUGUCUUAUUUUGCUAUUAAAUAAAAUUAUAUUUGAUAUGAAGAUUCAGUAGUUUAUCUCAGCAUUAUUGUUGGCUGACCCUUGAAAAGAUGCUGCAAUAACUCAA